AUUCUCGGCACCAUUCACAGAACAUACGAUUUUUACCAUCAACGGUCUCUUUAACACCCAUGGACACUGCUUUUCGGGAUGUUAAGUUAUCUGAGAGUGUCGGGAGGUUGGGAUAUCGGAAAGAUGAUGUCGGGAUGUUGGCGUAG